UUGGUCAGGGACGGCCGAGUGUUCAGCGAGACGUUCCCGGUUCGCUUCGACGAGGUUGGCCCGGACAAGUCUGCCACCAUGAGGACCGUCGCGUCCAUGAUCCAGGAGUGCGCGUGCAACCACGCGCAGGGCAUCUGGGGGCGCGCGCAGUCCAUGCCCGCGGAUAUGCUCAAGGAUAACCUCGUCUGGGUGUGCACCAGGCUCCACCUGCAGAUCGACUCGUACCCGCGAUGGGGCGACCAGGUGCAGGUCAACACCUGGUUCGAGGCGCAGGGCAGGCUCGCCGCGCGCCGCGACUGGAGCCUCUACUACGAGGACUGCCGCCCCAGCGCCCCCGUGGGCAGGGCCACUUCCGUGUGGGUCGCGUUCAACCUGGCCAAGCGGAGGAUGGCUCGCAUCCCCCAGGCGGUUGUCGACCUGUUCCAGAACCAGCAGCUCUGCGACGAGCCCGUUAUGGGUCCGGACUACGCGGUGGUCAAGCUCCCGGAGACCGGGCCGGACGCGCACGUCGCGGCGUUUCAGGUCAGGCGCAGGGAUAUGGACAUGAACGGUCACGUCAACAACGUCGUGUACACCGAGUGGCUGCUGGAGGGCGUCCCCGAGUCCAUGUGGGCCGAGUACGAGCUGAAGGAGAUUGAGAUUGAGUUUCGCGCCGAGGCGACGUUCGGCGAGACGGUCGAGACGAGGUGCGACGUCGAGGUGUACGAGGAGGGUGACACGCGCGCCGACGACGACGUGAAGCACAUGGUCCACCAGCUCAUGAAGCAGGGCGACGAGAACCCGAAGACGGCCGAGGUUGUGCGCGCGAGGACCUACUGGGUCAAGAAGUAG